AUGCCCUUUGGUUUGAGAAAUGCUCCAUCCAUCUUCCAAGAAAUCAUGAAUGAGAUCCUCAAGCCAUAUCUUCGUCAAUUUGCAUUGGUCUUCUUUGAUGAUAUUUUGGUUUAUAGCAAGACAUUAGAAAAACAUAUAAACCACUUAUCAACAAUCCUGGAAGUAUUGAUCGAGAAUCAACUGGUAGCAAAUUUAAAGAAAUGCCAAUUCGGAGCCACAAGCAUAGAGUAUUUGAGGCACAUCAUCUCGGCACAAGGAGUCUUGGCCGAUCCAACCAAAUUAGAGGCAAUGAAUAAUUGGCCUACUUUGCAGAACGUGAAGGAAUUGAGAGGCUUUCUUGGCCUCACAGGUUAUUACAGGAAAUUUGUGGCCAACUAUGGUGCUAUCGCCUUACCCCUGACUCAAUUGCGAAAGAAGGGAAGCGACAGUUGGAACGGGGAAGUAGAAGAGGUUUUCUAG